AUUGUUUUUUUAGUCACAUAAAAUAUGAAAAAUUAUACCCAAAAUAGAAGUUUUUAAAAUAUGUAUAAUUUAUAAUGAAUGUGCUAUCGAAUACUGGCAUUAUUUACUGACUAUUGGUAAAAUUCGACCGGAAUUCGCCACAUCACGACCCGUAUUUAGUUCGGACAAAGUAGAAGGAUUAUUCUCUUGUCAAUUUCUCUCCAAGUUUUCGUUUAAGGCUGAAACUGAAUCCAAUUUACCAUUGCAUGCACCUUAAUUUAAUCGUAUGACAGCUCCCCAUCGUAUUUAAAGAUCUCAAGAUGUCGCUUUCAAAGAGAGAGUAUGAGGACUACAAAUCUGCCGUUGAUAAAAUGGUAAACAGAUAUGUCACACGAGAUCGUUCAUCCGUAGUUUCGGCCAUUACCCAUGCUGUAGAUUCAGGAAAUGACAAGAGGAGGCUGGAAGAUAAACUAAUGGAUUAUGUGGAAAGAAGCUUAGCUCAUAAAUUAGCAGAAAAGGCAUUCAUGCUCCUUGAUGAUUUAGGCUUCAAAGGAAAGAGUUCCUCCAGGAAGCGUACUCACAAGGAUGACAGCGAUCGUGAUAAAGAAAGCAAGCGGGCCAGGGUGAAGGAGGACAAAGAGCUUUCACCCAAACCCAAACCACCUGUGCAACCGGCGCCUCAGCCUACCCCAAACAAUACCGUCAGCCCUGGACAGAUUCAAGCUCAGCAGAUUAAAGACAUUAUGGCUAAAGCACAGGCUGUGAUUGAAGAAAGAAAAAAAGCAAUGGCCAGUCUCCAGCCAGUUCCACAGAAGCCUGCAACCAAUGGCACUGAUUUUUCAGCAGUCCCCCUUGCAGCUCAGCCACCACCCUCUGCGUUAACUGGUAUGGGAACUGGAUCCAGUCCUGAAGUAAGUACGAGAAUUGCUGAGCUCCAAGCUCGUAUUCAGGCGCAGCUUGGAAGUGUACCGAUCGUUGGUCUUCCCCCUUUGCCUAUCAUGAAUGCUGCUACUCCUGUUAUGCCGCAAGUGGCAAAACCAGCAGGGGAUCAGGGCAAGCCAACCCCUCUUAUUUUGGAUGCAGAGGGCAGGACUGUAGAUAAGAGCGGCAAAGAGGUACACUUGACUCAGCGGAUUCCGACGCUGAAGGCUAACAUCAGGGCAAAGAAGCGUGAAGAAUUCAAGCAGCAGUUGCAGGAGAGACCUCUGGAAGAUACAGUAGAAAGUACUUUUUUCGACCCCCGGGUUACUAGUCGGGCUUCACUGAGGUCAAAGCGGCCUUUCAGAUUUCAUGACCCCGGUAAAUUUAUCCAGUUAGCUCAAAGGGAAAGAGCCAAAUCCAGAUUAGAAAAACUGCAGGGAGAGAUCUCUCAAAUUGCCAAGAAAACAGGCAUAUCAUCAGCUGCCAAACUAGCACAACUUGAGCAGAGGGAACUGAAGAGUACAGUUGAUGAUGCACCUGAAGUGGAAUGGUGGGACUCUGUUAUCCUUGAUGGAAAUAAGUAUCCUGAGGAAGGUAGCCCAGUUCCAGUGAAGGAAGACUUCAUAACAAGUUUCAUAGAACAUCCGCUUGAAAUGAGAUGUCCUUCAGACCCAUCAAAGCCGGUUACGCUUCAGGUGUAUCUUACAAAAAAGGAACGUAAAAAAUUACGCCGCAUGAAUAGGAGAGAGGCCUGGAAGGAGAAGCAGGAGAAGAUACGUUUAGGUCUGGAACCACCUCCUGAGCCUAAGGUACGCAUGGCCAAUCUUAUGCGUGUGUUAGGGAAUGAAGCUGUCCUUGACCCCACCAAAAUGGAGAAACACGUGAGAGAGCAAAUGGCAAAGAGACUGAAAGCUCAUCAAGAUGCCAAUGCUGCUCGUAAACUCACACCAGACCAGCGAAGAGAGAAGAAGGUUAGGAAAAUAAGGGAAGAUACAUCUACAGGUGUUCAAGUUUCAGUCUACAAAGUUACUGAUUUCUCGAAUGGCUCACACAAAUUUAAGGUAGAAACUAAUGCAAAGCAACUAUACAUGACUGGCACAGUCGUCCUCUUCAAAGAUAUCAAUGUUGUUGUUGUUGAAGGAGGACCCAAACAGCAGAAAAAAUAUAAGAGGUUAAUGAUGGAACGUAUUAAAUGGGCUGAAGAGAGCCGUUCGAAAGAUGCAGAUUUAGAAUCCAAAUGUCAGUUGAUAUGGGAAGGCAAAACUUCGGAGAGAAGUUUUGGCGAGAUGCAGUUCAAGGCUUGUCCAACUGAAAAUUUUGCCCGGGACCACUUCAAAAAGCACGGCGUCGAGCACUACUGGGAUGUAGCAUACGGGAAGAAAAUUCUAGAAGAGACGGACGAAGGAAUUUGAAGUUGUAAUAAAACGUAGUUUAUAUAUAACAAAUUGCGAAAAGAUUCUUGGCUUGCAAGCUCUCCUUGCUAACACAGUACAGGUAUACUAUGGAAAUGCUUUGUGGUUGGAGGAGAUUGAACAGUUUUCUAUAUUUGGAUCAAUUUCCUUACUUUUUUAUAUCCAUAUGAGAUUAAUUGUGAUACAUAUAUAUCCAAUGGCAACACCUGUGCAUGCUUUUGAGUAUAGAAACAAUUGGUUCAAGUAGUUCUCUGCCUUGUAGAUACUUUCCACUAUCAACAUAAAGGAAAAAUUAUUUCAGCAUUUGAAAUUUAGCCGUUCAAAUGGUCGAGUGAAUUCAUUUUAUACCAGAAUUUUGCAUUAUUUGCCAAAAUUGUUUGUAAAUAGAUAUUGUUUGAUAGAUUUGCUAAUACAGUAUGUUUCUAUUUAGUAUACAAAUGGAAAUGAUAUAGUUAACAGAUAUAUACUGUACAUAUUUUUUAUUUUUUAGAUGUAUUUACCGUAAGUCUUAUGUAAAAAAAAAAAAAAAAAAAAAAAAAAAAAGAAUUCUUCCCUGUUCAUCUUCAUUUUAUUUUAUUUUGUACUUUAAACAUGAAAGUGUUAGUGGUACAAAGCUUCACAUUACUGUCAUAGAAAAUGUUGCAAUAUGAUUCAUCGGAAACAAAGACACAUCAGAUGUAAUGAGGGAAUGUAAACUCUCCUUUUUUGUUUUUGUGAAUAUACAGUGGCAAGAAAUU